CUCCUUCGCUGUUCCUCUCUUUUGCGCGCUUCCACCUUCCUAUCAUGUCCUGCGUCUCGGCGUGUCAGCUUCCGCUCCUCAGCUAGCACCUUGUCCCUCUCACGCCUCUCAUCAUCAUUAUCACCACCACCACCGUCCGUGCAAAAACGGCCCGCCCCCAUGCGCACGCAAAACGGCAGCGUCAACGGGACUUCUCCCCGCCGCUAUGUGUCCAAUGGCACCGCCGCUACUCUAGUCUCCAACGGCUCGCGGCCUCACCGCGCCUUUGUCGCCCUAGGCAGCAAUCUCGGCGACCGUCUGGAAUGGAUCGAGCGCGCGUGCCGUGCCCUCGAGGCUCAGGACGACGUCCGCAUCCUGCGCACUAGCGGCCUCUGGGAGACCAAGGCCAUGUACUACGAGGCCCAGGACCACUUCAUCAAUGGCGCUUGCGAGAUCGAGACGUCGUUGGACCCGAUGCAGCUUCUGGACCGGCUGCAGAGCAUAGAGAACGAGCUCGGCCGGGUCAAGAUCAUCGACAAGGGCCCGCGCAACAUCGACCUGGACAUUCUGCUCUACGACGCCCAAGUCAUUGAGAACGAGCGUCUCAUCGUCCCGCACAAGCUGAUGCUCGAGCGCGAGUUUGUCCUCCGCCCGCUUUGCGACCUGAUCCCCGACGCCGAGUUGCCCACCGUCGCCGGCACUCUGGCGCAACACCUCGCGCGCGUGAAGCCGGCCGACCCGCCCCUAUCGACCAUGACGCCGCUGGCGCCGGGCCUGGCGCCCCUGUCCGCCCUGCAGAGCAACCGCCGCACGCACGUCAUGUCUAUCCUGAACGUGACGCCGGACUCGUUCUCAGACGGUGGGCUCCACGUCCCCGCGGCGCUGGACCCCAACUCCCCAGAAGCGCUCGCCCUCCUCGCCGACACCAUCCGCGCGCACAUCGCCGCCGGCGCCACCAUCCUCGACAUCGGCGGCCAGUCGACCCGCCCCGGCGCCCCGCAAGUCAGCCCCCAAGAAGAGCUCGCCCGCAUCCUGCCCGCGCUGCGCCUGCUGCGCACGAUGCCCGAAGCCCGCAACGUCGCCAUAAGCAUCGACACGUACCGCGCGAGCGUCGCCGCCGCCGCCAUCCCCGCCGGCGCCCACAUCAUCAACGACGUCUCCGCCGGCCUGCUCGACCCGGACCUCCUCCCCACCGUCGCCCGCCUCGGCUGCUCCGUCUGCCUCAUGCACAUGCGCGGCACGCCGGCCACGAUGACGCAGCUAACAGACUACCCCGCGGGCGUCCUCGCAGGCGUGGAAGCCGAACUCGCCCUACGCCUGCGCGCCGCCGAGCAAGCCGGCAUCCGCCGCUGGCGCAUCAUCCUGGACCCAGGGAUCGGGUUCGCAAAAACGCAGCAGCAGAACCUGGAACUCUUGCGCCGGCUGCCGGAGCUGCGGCAAGCGACGCCGUUCAGCGGCUUGCCGUGGCUGGUCGGCAGUAGUCGGAAGGGCUUUAUUGGUCAGGUUACUGGCGUCAAGGAACCCAGGGAGAGGGUCAUGGGGACGGGGGUGACGGUUGCGGCGGCGGUGAUGGGCGGGGCUGAUGUCGUUAGGGUGCAUGAUGUGCGGCCGAUGGUGGAGGCGGUGAGGAUGGCCGAGGCGGUUUGGCGCGUGUGA